GCGUCAUAUUAAAGAAAACAGGAAACGCCGUUUAGCUGAGCUGCGUGAAAAAGGAGAAGACCUAGGCCCAACCAGAAAAAGUUUAAAAUCAAACACGAUGAAAGGCUCAUCAUGCAAAAUUAGAGUUGUGUUAGAUCUUUCCUUGGAUGAGUAUAUGGCUGAAAAGGAUGUGAAUUCUCUGUCAAGUCAGCUACAGCACAGUUACUCAGCAAACCGAAGAGCCCAAAAUCCAUUACAGCUUUACCUGUGUAGCCUGGGUGGAAAAACUAAACAAAGACUUGAUGAAAUAGGAGACUACAGAGGCUGGGACGUUUAUCUGGAGACUCAAAGCUAUGAGCAGCUGUUUCCAAAAGAGAAUCUGGUCUACUUGACCAGUGAGUCACCAAAUAUUCUCACAUCUCUGUCAGAGGACAAGGUGUAUAUCAUUGGAGGUUUGGUGGAUCACAACAAACAUAAGGGAUUGUGUCACAAAAUAGCAGAAGAGAGAGGUAUUGCUCAUGCUCAGUUGCCCAUUGCUGAAUAUCUGGACAUGAAAACUCGCAAAGUCCUAGCUGUCAACCAUGUGUUUUCAAUAUUGCUGAGGUACACAGAAACCCAUGACUGGAAAACUGCCUUUAUGGCAGAAAUGCCACAGAGAAAACAAGCUCACCUCAAGGAAGAGAAUGUAGAAGCUGAUUCAGGUCACCCCGAUAAAGCAGACAGAGAUAUCAGCAGAGUUUCUGACAGCAGUGCAGUUCCAGAAGGCAGCAGUGAGAGCUGCAUGAACGAACCAGAUAGUGCUAAAGUUAAUGGAACUCAUGAUGAGAAAUUGCAUUCUUGUUCAAGUGAAGAAAAUACAUCACAGCAGAUAUCAUUAGUUAGGUGCACAGUGAAGUUAUGA